GGUUUCCUGUGUUACCGCCCUUGGACUGAGACAGUGAAGACGGGUGUGGGUUUUUUUUGCUUUCCGACCAGGAAUAGGUCAAUAAAGGAUAAAGCGCUUGCGGGAAUUUCACUCAGGCACUUAAACUGGACUGCAGUCUCUCUCUGACGGACGGUGUGUGAACCAUGGCUCUACCGUUUAAGAAAGAUCUAGAGAAGUAUAAGGAGAUCGAUGAGGAUGAGAUUCUGGACAAGCUUUCAGAGGAGGAGCUCAAGCAACUGGAGAGUGCUCUAGAAGAGAUCGACCCCGAGAAUGCUUUGCUGCCAGCCGGCCUCAGGCAGAAGGACCAGACCGCAAAAGCAGCCACAGGUCCUUUUAACCGCGAAAAACUGCUGCAGUAUCUGGAGAAGGAGGCUAUGGACUAUAAAGACAGAGAAGAUUACGUCCCCUUCUCCGGAGAGAAGAAAGGAAAGGCAUGGAUUCCCAAGCAGAAACCAAUGGAGAUCCAUCAGGAGCAAGCCACAACCCUUGACCCGGAAUUGGAAGAGGCACUUUCUAGCGCUACUGACACCGAACUGCAUGACUUGGCAGCUAUUCUUGGAGUGACCACACUAGUGAUGAGCUCGCAGAGUUAUGACGGCACCUGUACAGAUGGUUAUAACAAUGUUAUUAAAGGAGAAAAGGUAAAGCCAGUUUUCGAUGAGCCACCAAACCCUACAAACGUGGAGGAAACGCUACAGCGGAUAAAAUCCAAUGAUUCCUCGCUGACUGAAGUCAAUCUCAACAACAUAAAGAACAUUCCAAUCCCGACUCUAAAGGACUUUGCAAAAGCCAUGGAGAGAAACACUCAUGUGAAGAAGUUCAGUCUGGCUGCCACCAGGAGCAAUGACCCUGUUGCCGUGGCCUUCUCAGACAUGCUACGAGAGAAUAAGACGCUAAAAAGUUUGAAUCUGGAGUCUAAUUUUAUCACUGGCGCAGGAGUUCAGGCUCUGGUAGAAGCUCUGCGGGACAAUGAUGCGCUCACAGAGAUCAAGAUUGACAACCAGCGGCAGCAGCUCGGUACGUCGACAGAGAUGGAGAUUGCUAAGAUGCUGGAGCAGAAUACAAGCAUCGUGAAGUUUGGGUACCACUUCACCCAACAGGGUCCCAGAUCCCGCGCUGCUGCAGCCAUCACAAAAAACAACGACCUAGUGCGGCGGAGGCGAGUAGAGAAGGAUGUGUAGAGCAUAUUCUCCUCUCUCUCUCUUCUCUCUCUCUCUCUCAAGCUCAUCGGGCUCUUGUGCCAAACCCUCUGAGGGAGCCACUUCACCUGAAGAAGGGACACAACUGGAUACUUUGCCUCCCUAAUGUUAAUACUCAAUAAUCUUUUUCUGUAUUAUUAUUAUUGGUUAUUGUUGUUUUUAUAGCUGCAAUUCUUUUGCAUCCAUUUUUUUGUUCAUUUUUUGCAUGUGUAAAAUCUUUUCUGCUGUUUUCUUUGAACAAGUUCUUUGAAAUGAAACUAAACAGGUUGCAACGGUUACACACAUGCACUCAAGAGCUAUAGUGACCUCUUCAUGGAUGGGCUGGAUCAGAACCUGUUGCCCACAUUCACUCUGAACAAAUCUAGACUCAACUUGACUGGAUCUGCUGUGUUCCCCGCUUAAUGUGAGCUAAAUCUAGAUUUGUCGAGUCUGGGUUUGGAGCACAGAUUUGAACAGGUUAGCUAAUAAGUUGCGCUGAUCGUAACAGACACUCCUUAAUAAAAGUCAUCUAUACUCUCACGGUUAGCUUUAGUUCUUUUGGCAUGGGUUUUACUUCACUGUAAAAAGUUCACUAGCUUUAGUUCACUGCGGCUGUAGUUCUAUCGGCAUGGGUUGUGUGUGGAUGUCUUUGGGCAGCUGGGUCGUCUCUAAAACUCAGCUUCCACACUGCACCUCAUCACAUGUUCUCUCGUCGGUUUUGCUGCUGAUUGUGACAAUUCGUAUUGUAAAAUUCACCUCUAUUUCCGAAACACACCACCUGACACUGUGUGUCUGAGGAAUUACAGUGCUAAUUUAAGAUCAGUGCCCCAUUUUCAUCAGUUGUCAUUGGAAAUGGAAAAACGUACUAGAUCAGCACUAAUUCCAACCUUGGGUGUGUAGAUGAUGGUGAAAGGUUGACCAGUUUCACUUAGGACUUAAAAACUGUAGAGGUUUAUUUCCACUGAGCAAUGCACUAAGGGAUAUUUUCUUCUUUUUUUUCAACACAGGAAGUGAGCAUUUAUGUAAUGUAGUUCUCAAUUAUAGAUUUUGUUUAUUUCCUGUAGAUAAAUUUUAAAUGACAUUUCUAAUACCAUGCCAAAGACUAACAUUUAAUGCUCUUAAAUAUUAGGUCAGACAAGAUAGGUUAGGAUUUAAUUUUUUGAGUUUAUUAAAGGAAUAAUUUACCCUAAAAACAAAUUGCUUAAUUACUUGCCCUGAAAUUUUCCAAACCUGUAUGCUGGUAUUUUUUAUUUAUUUGUGUGUGUGUGUGUAUAACACAAAAUGUGAAUUUUUAAAAGUAUUUUCACACAAUUUAUUGUAACCACAGCUGUCAAACACUUAGCUUUAUGUGUUAUCAAGUUAUGCUCGUUUUGUAUGUGGGUUACAACGAAAUUUAAGUCGCUCAUUGAAGGCGUGAAAAAAAAUUCACCAUCAACCAAUCGCAAAAUGGGUUGGAUAAGUUUAGGGAUGCACUAUAUUGGAAUUUUGCCAAUAUCUGAUAUGCCGAUAUUUUUCAACUAAUUUUGACCGAUACCAAUAUAUUUCCUUUUGCUUGGAAUGAACACAAAGUCAAAUUAUAAGCAAAAUAUUUUUCAUUUUUCAAAAUAACUUAUUUGUUAGAAUUAAACAACAAUGAAGGUUUUUUUGACAGUACAUUUGAAGCUUUGGAAAUAACUAUAGCCUAAAUAAACUAUAUAUCAAUCGCUGCAUUUUUUUUCCGGAAAGAUGCCAUGUUAAACCCUAAUAUUUUACGAUUUAACAUUUAUAGAUGGUCUUUAAAAAAUAUUUUAGAGCUUAUUAUUUGUUUAAAAAAUAAAACCUAUUUCACGUUAAUGAAUAAAUCAGUAUAUAUAUAAUGAAUUUACAAGUGUCAUGUUUGAUUUUUUAAAUUUUUUUUUCAUGUAAGCUAUAGCUUCUGACCUUUAAAUCAAAACAUACUCAUUUUAUGACCUUAAUUACUGCUUUAUUUAAUCCGAAACAAUCUAAAUGUUAUUUUGGUUAGGCUAUUUUACUUUUAAUUCAAUUAGAAGUAUGUCUAUAGUGCCCCCUUACAGAUUAAAACUCCUUACCGAAAGGGCGUUAGGGCCUGGGGGAUGCGGUCACUGCUGCCCCCUGCAAAAAUUUGCUUCAAGAAUGAGUCACACUGCUGACUUCUAAUCACUAGCACACCCUGAGACGAGACAUAUCUGCAUUAUUUUUUAUAUCGGACCAAUGCUGAUAUUUACAGUUAAAGCCACUGUCGCCGAUUCCGUUAUCAGUCCAAUAAUAUUAGUCAUUCCUAGACAAGAUGUAGUCACUACAGGUUUUAUAUGGAAAAUAGCUGCAUGAAGUUUCUUCAAAAGUUAUCCCAUUAAAAAAAAACAAAAACUAAUCAGAUAUGGGUUUGGAACAACAUGAGGGUUAAUAAAUGACAAAACAUUCAAGUUGUGGUGGAUUAUUCCUUUAGUUUAUGUAGGAUCUCUGCAUCUAGAAGAACAUUUUUGAAGCACAUGGUCUGUGCUAAAGAGGAAAUUAGGGAACUAGUUUAACGAGUGCGAGAGGGAUGAGAAAAAUGUUGUCCUAAACAGCAACCAAUUCUGUAAGCAUUUAACAGUCCUGGGGCAGCCAGAGCCUCGAACAUACACGCAUGUUUGCGAUCACAUGCAUGUUUGCAUUGUAAAGCAAAGCUGUAUCUUUUUGCGAUAUAACAUGCUUUCGUUAUACCAGUUAACCUUUAUACCGUUGGCCGUUUUCUGUGAGCUUGUAUGUCCUACGAGGUUCAUUGAUUGCGGUAUGUAAUGUAGAGCACAUAUGCUUUGGCACGUUUUUGAGGAAGGUGGUGAAGCUAUCCAAUGGACCUUCUGCACAAAAGUAUGGCAUCUCGGACUAAGCAGUUUUGAGCAUGCCCGGUAUGGAUUAUACAGCUGGAUUUUAAAGGGGAACAUGUUGUAUACCUGCUUUAAAUGCAAAAGCUUGGACCAAUUUUGAAGUGUAACUUUUCUCGCCUUGACAUUGCGAUUCAUUGUUUUGUUCCGUUUUGUAAGAGCCUUGUGUAUCAAGUGAAUUUAAGUUGAUUGUUUUCUUUCUUUUUUCUUUGUGAAAAAUGCUGAAUUGUGUAUGAAAGCCAUUUUUUCCCCUUGCUUUUUUCAGGUUAUGGUUCAUGUUUCAUUCCAUCUUUGUUUGAUUAUGGGUUAAAGGUUCAUGCUUUGCUAAAAGCUUGUGCUUGUAAGAAAGUUAUGCUCUGCAAUAUUACCAUGAGUUGUUUGAAAUAUCCAUCUCAAAUCCUCUUCAGAAGAUUCCACUCGUAUAUAGAUAUACAUAUAAAUAUCAUGUAUUGUAAAUGUCUCCUAUGUUGCCACAGUUUUGUAUGUUGAUACGACAUGUCUGGAUCCCAGAAGAGGAAAGCUUGUUAUGUACUGUUAAUAACAAACAACUCUGUAAAGUAUCAGAUGUCCUCAAUAACACGUAUGUUUUUACAGA